AAAUACCAAGUUUCAUCGAUAAGCUGGGCAGUGAAGCUUGUCCGCGAACCCAUCGGUCGUUGCAUUUCUAUUUUAUUUGCCUCUCUAGCGCCACCGCCGACCAUAUAAAGCUGAUUCGGCCACUCCCUCUUCCUCCUCGUGUAGUUGUCCACCAGUCUAUCCUACCUCAGAAGCAAAAAUGUCUAAAGUCUCUCGCGGAAACAUUACGUCGAGGAUAGAAUGGCUGGGCAGCCUGAACACCGCCAAUGUGCCAUUGCCUUCGGAGGACACCAAGUUCCACCGCAAAACUGGCAUUAUUGCUACUAUUGGGCCGAAGACUAACAGCGUAGAGAGCUUGGCUCAACUCGCGCAGGCCGGCGUCAAUAUCGUGCGCAUGAACUUCUCUCAUGGCUCCUACGAGUACCAUCAGAGUGUCAUCGACAACACGCGCAAGAUGGUGGCAUCCCGCCCUGGAGGUCGUCCCGUUGCCAUCGCUUUGGAUACUAAAGGACCGGAGAUCCGGACGGGUUUGAUGAGGGACGGCAUGGACAUCGCCAUCAAAGCAGGCCAUGAGUUCAUCGUCUCGACUGAGGCCAAGUAUGCCGAAGCCUGUGACGACAAAGUCCUGUAUGUCGACUAUGCAAACCUGCCGAAAGUGACUGCUCCUGGCAAGCUUAUCUACGUCGACGAUGGUAUCUUGUCGUUGUUGGUCCUGUCUAUUGACGGCCCCAAUGUACGCGUGCGCGCCAUCAACAACGGCACUCUUUCUUCUCGCAAGGGUGUCAAUCUCCCGAAGACGGAGGUCGAUCUUCCUGCGCUCUCCACGAAGGAUAAGAAUGACUUGCAGUUCGGUGUGAAGAACGGUGUCGACAUGAUCUUUGCGUCUUUCAUCCGCCGUGCUCAAGACGUGAAGGAUAUCCGUGAAGUCCUCGGGCCUGAGGGAGCCAAUAUCAAGAUCAUCGUGAAGAUCGAGAACGAGCAGGGGGUCGCCAAUUUCGAUGAAAUCUUAGCGGAGACCGAUGGUGUCAUGGUUGCUCGCGGUGACCUUGGUAUCGAGAUCCCCGCGAGUCAAGUCUUCCUGGCACAAAAGAUGAUGAUCGCCAAAUGCAACAUGGUUGGCAAGCCCGUCAUUGUCGCCACGCAGAUGCUGGAGUCGAUGACAUACAACCCGAGGCCCACUCGCGCAGAAGUCAGUGACGUCGCGAACGCCGUCCUGGACGGUGCUGACUGUGUCAUGUUGUCCGGAGAGACCGCCAAGGGAUCAUACCCCGUCCAGUCUGUCCUUAUGAUGGCGGAGACCUGCCUGUUGGCUGAAUCUGCCAUCUGUUACCCUCCUCUCCACGACGAGUUGAGGGAUGCCCAGCCGCGCCCGACUGCUACCCCUGAGACAGUGGCGAUCGCCGCGGUUGCUGCCGCGUCUGAGCAGAAUGCCAGUGCUAUCAUUGUGCUCUCGACUAGCGGUUCCACUGCUCGUUAUGUAGCCAAGUACCGCCCGAACGCACCGAUCAUUAUGGUUACUCGAAACGAGCAGACUGCGCGUCAGAUGCACCUGUACCGGGGAGUGUACCCGUGCUGGUACUCUGAGCCCAGGGGCAUCCAAAGCCACCAAUGGCAGACUGACGUCGACAACCGCAUCCGGUUCGGCCUGAAGAGUGCCCUCGACUUGAAGAUCAUCAAGAAGGGUACCACUGUCGUCGCCGUCCAGGGCUGGAAAGGAGGAUUGGGCCACACCAACACCCUCCGUAUCCUGUCUGUCCCUACGGAUGAGGCCGACCUGGAGAUGCAGCCUUUGGGAGCGAACUAGACGCAGAAGUCGGGUGUACAAAAUAGUGGCUGCUUGUGUCUGUAUCGCGCGUUGCCCCUUGUACUUGAUAACCAUAGAAUAAGACCCUUUGCGCGCAGACUGCUUGCGGGAGGAAAG